AUGAAGCCUUUGCAAAAGCGUGGGAAGCUGAGUGUGAGAAACAGCAGGUGGAAAGUGGAGCCUCUGACACUGAUAAUAGCCAAAGAACCUAAGCUGGACUUUGAAACAGUGGCUUGCUACACUCUGGUGAUCUGUGCCCAGGACAGUGGGCGCAGCUCAGCAUCUCAGACCAUUUUAAUCCAGAUCGUAGAUGUCAACGAACCACCAACAUUCACUGGAUCACGUGCUCAAGUUGACCAAGUUACAGAGAUUUAUAUUGCAGAGGACACUGCUGUAGGCACGAGCCUUGACAGAGUGAGAGCCAAGGACCCGGAGAAUGCUGCCUUAAAGUACUUCAUUUUCCCAGAGGAUGAAGGAUUCGCCAUAGACAGCAUUGGAACCAUAUCUACAACAAUGACUUUUGACUUCAACAGAGGACCCAAAAGCUUUUCACUGGUUAUUAAAGUGGCUGACCUGGGAGGACUUUUCGUCAUGGGAAACAUAAAGGUCUUCCUCAUCAAUGUAAACAAUAAGGCCCCUUUUCUCACCUGCAGUUUAUUUAACAUUGAAGAAGCAGUCUUGACUCCUACCCUGGUGAACUCAACAACCCCUCCAGAAGGCAACAUCAUGCUCGCUGAAGAAACUCCGCUGGGGAAAACUGUGGGUGCCUGCCGAGCUACUCAUGAAGACCAGAUGGGACGUCUCACCUUUGAACUGGACUUUGCUAUUGAUAAAGUGAGGGAGGAUAUUUUGAAAUACAUACCAUUCCUUUUCAUAAUGAAAUGUCUUGAUGUUCCGGAGGGUGGAACUGUGAUGAUUGCUGACCGUCUGGAUCUGGAGGAGACUGACUUUGUGAGUGUUCAGUUCUUUACCAUUAAGGCGCGUGAUGAAGACCAGCACUGCGCAGCUAUUCCUGUGAUAGUGUACAUUCAUGGGAUCAAUGAUAACCCACGAUUCUGUGAUAAGUAUUUGUACAGGUAUAGAGGCAUUGAAGUGAUUGCAAAUAAAACAAUUGUUGCUAAAUUUGUGUGUCAUGACCUUGACAAGUCCCCUGAUGCACUUCAGUAUGUUCCUAAUGGUGGACCACUUGGUGAGGGAGAGUUAUUUGAACAAGUACCAGACUUUGACAAUGUCAUAUGGGUGACCAAAAACUUGGAUUAUGAAAAACCAGAGGCUUCUGUAGUGGGUCAUACCUACGAGAUGAUGGUUUCUGUCUUUGAUGACAACAGGCCCUCCCACACAGUCACUGUUACUAUCAUUGUGGAGGUUGUUCCUGCCAAUGAAUUCGGUCCAGUUUUCAGGCCUGCAAGUUACUCAUUCUCUGUUCCAGAAACAUCAGGAGCCUCCUAUGAAGUUGGAAGAGUGACUGCUUUUGAUGAAGACAAUCCACCAAACUGUGUGAGGUACAAAAUAAUCAGAGGAGACGCCCAGCAUCUUUGACUAUUCUGGAUUCAUCCAUUAAAUGGAAUGCUAGAACUAACCACCCAGCCAGACUAUGAAUCUGUGAAGCAAUAUAACCUCACCAUAGAAGCUGUGGAUUGUGACAAAACUCAACCAUGAACAGCUGUUACCACAGUUACAAUUGACAUAAAGGAUGAGAAUGACGAAGCACCUGUCUGCAAACCAUCUAAAUGUAAGGCAGUCAUUUUUGACAGUGUUGCUGCUGGAACAAACGUCAACAGCUUCAAGCUAAGCUGCCAUGACAGAGACUCACGCGAUACUGAAAUGCGCUUCGAGAUAGUUUCUGAAAGGAUUUUGCAAAAGAAAGGUGUGACCGUUGUAUACACAUCUAUAAACACAUACAGUCCCAAUGACUGGUACAUCCCUUUCGUCUUUACACUUAUGGCAGUUUUCCUGGCUGGGCUGCUUGCCUGGACAUGCUACCUUCUUGUGAAAUACACCAGCAUUACAGCCAGGUGCCAAAAACUGACCAAGGAGCUCUCUAAGCCAAAAAGCAAAGGAAAGAAGUACAUAGCUGGAAACAAAAAUACCAAUGAUGAUAUGGUAACAAGAAACAGGGAUAAACAAGUUGAAGUGGUAACUGAAACAAUUGUGUAUGAGACAGUAUUUGAUGAAGAAGCAAUUGAUCCAGUCACAGGGAAUGUAUAUGAAUAUAACAGCAAGUCGGGAGCUAGGAAAUGGAAGAAGUUGCCUAGACCACCAAAGAAUGUGGUGGCCAACAUACAAACUGUCUCAGAGGAAAUCCCUACAGAUGAGCCUACUCAAGGAUGACAUAACAUAUUUGCAUCCCAUUUUAUACAUUACAAAGAACCUACAGAAUCUCCCUCAAUGCCUUUAACUACUAUCUUUUGCUUAGUUGAAUUACAUGUAUUUUCAACUCUGGUCUCUAAAAUCAAAAUGCAAAUUUCAGACAGUUGCACUGUGGGUCCCUAAGGCCUUCCAGCAUGUAAAUAGUCUGAAGUAAAUGUGCUGGGGACAGGCCUCAAGAACUGAGUUUUAAUCCGGCAGCAAAAUUCUCUCGCCACUUAAUCAGUUCUUUUACUUUCUGCAGGACUUAACCAGGCUUAGGUGGGAAUGGACUCAGAAUGAUUUCUUUUGGUUACUGGUAAUCAUUCAAAAUGAAUGAUUGUUUUAAAGCUCAUUUGAUCUGGCCUUUCAAUUUUCUUUGUAUAGU